CCUGUUUACUUUUACUUCGACCAAAGAAGUGCACAUCUGACUUUCACCUACUACGAGAAUGGCUCAACGUGUUGCUGCAAUUGUUGGGGCGGGUCCAGGAAAUGGAGCUGCUUUUGCCCGAAAAUUUCUAGACGAAGGGUUUAAAGUUGCCGUAUUGUCCCGCAGUAUCGACUCAAUGACCAAGCUGGCCGCAGACUUAGGAAAUACAGAACAAGUGAAAGGCUAUGCGUGUGACGUCACCUCUGACAAUAGCGUCAACGCCGCCUUUGAGCUUAUCCAGAAAGAGUUUGGACCAGUCUCAACGGUUGUCUAUAAUGCGGGAUCUGGAGGGUUUAAGCCUUGGGAACAAUGGACCGCUGCAGAAGUUACCAUGGCGGCUGAUACAAAUGCAUCUGGUCUGUACCGUGCUGCCCAAGCAGCCUUUCCCCAAUUGGAAUCCAAUGGCGGGGGGAAUCUUUGUGUGAUAGGUGCUGGUGCUGCCACUCGCGGACGCCCUAUGACGGUCGGUUUUGCCGCCGGAAAAGCAGCGCAGCGCUCAGUUGCUCAGUCGCUAGCCCGUGCUUGGGGUCCCAAGAAAAUUCAUGUGUCCUAUUUGGUGAUAGAUGGUGUCAUUGACGGUGACAGGGCUCGAUCAUUGGUCGGCGACAAGCCCGACGAAUUCUUUUUGAAAAGUGAAGACAUUGCCAAUGUCAUUUGGAAUAUUUGUGAACAGAAGCCAUCGGCCUGGACAUUUGAACUUGACGUGCGUCCCUUCGCUGAGGAAUGGUAGGUCCGUACACAGGUGUCGUACAUAUUCCCCUGGUGUAAAUCGAGAUGAUAUCUGUAUCUUU